AUGUUCCGUUUUUUGGUUGCUCUUACUAUUCUCUCCAUCGUCACUGCUUCAAUUUUCGAGAAAGAUUCUGAAAUUGAAACCAAACACGAAGUUGCCCUCGUUGGAGAAAAUCAAGAAACUGGUCUCGCUGUCGGUGAUUUUGACUUGGAAGGACAAUCCGAUGCAUCAGGGGAUGUUGUUAUUCGAGCCAAAAGAUAUUAUGGAUGCGGUUGUGGAUGUUGUGGAUGUGGAGUGACUGCUAUGGCUGUAACCGGAGCAGGAUGUGGAUGUGGAUGUUGCGGUUGUGGAUAA